GCAGAGGGAGCGGGAGGACAAGAGCGAGAGAGAGUGUGCGAGUGUGCGCAGACGCUGCGGCUCACACACACAGGACUGAGCUGUGUCCGCCCCACAUGGCUGCGGGUCCGCGGUGAAGUUAGAGGUGUGUGUGCGGGUUCUGCUGCUGGAGGACUGGAUUAUUACACAUACACACACAAGGUGUGGAGGACCAGGCCUGUAGAUGUUGUAUCAGGAUCAGAACCAGCGGGACCAUGUUUGCGUCGUGGCCGAGCGGAGCGGUACUGCUGCUGGGGAUUCUGUCUGCAGGUGUGUGUGGUGGCGCCACGAACACCAUGGAGUGUGUUUACUACAACGUGAACUUUGAGCUGGAGCAGACGAAUCGCAGCGGCGUGGAGCGCUGUGAAGAAGACACAGACAAGCGCUCGCACUGUUACGCCUCCUGGAGGAACGACUCAGGAAGCGUUCAGCUGGUGAAGAAAGGCUGCUGGCUGGACGACUUCAACUGCUAUGACCGGUCAGAGUGCGUGGCCACAGAGGAAAGUCCUCAGGUUUUCUUCUGCUGCUGUGAAGGAAACCUCUGUAACGACAAAUUCACUCACCUGCCGGACACCAGUGGACCAUUGAUGAAGGCUCCGCCCCCCAGCCUGGGCAUGUACCAUAUGAUGAGUUACUGUCUGCUGCCUGUCACCAUGUUAUCUGCUGCUCUGCUCACUGCUGUGUGGAUGUACACACACAGGAAACCACCGUACAGACAUGUGGACAUCACUGAGGACCCUUGUCCUACUCCUGCCUCUCCACUGCUGGGUCUCAAGCCACUGCAGUUACUAGAGGUGAAGGCUAGAGGGCGCUUUGGCUGUGUGUGGAAGGGUCAGGUGAUGAAUGAACACGUGGCCGUGAAGAUUUUCCCCAUUCAGAAUAAGGAGUCGUGGCAGAAUGAGCGAGACAUCUUCAUCAUUCCAGGGAUGAGACACGAAAACAUCCUGAAGUACGUCGGUGCAGAGAGGAGGGGGAGUCACCUGGAGGCGGAGCUAUGGCUCAUCACCGAGUACCACGAGAGGGGCUCUCUGUGUGACUUCCUGAAGGGAAACGUGCUCAGCUGGUGUCAGCUGUGUCUCGUCUGUGAGUCCAUGGCGUGUGGUCUGUCCUAUCUUCACGAGGACGUCCCGAGACUCAAACCUGCCAUCGCUCACAGGGACUUUAAGAGUAAGAACGUCAUGUUACGUUCAGACCUCACUGCUGUGAUUGGAGACUUUGGACUUGCUGUUAUCUUUGAACCAGGAGAACCUCCAGGAGAGACACACGGACAGGUAGGGACCUGGCGUUACAUGGCUCCUGAGGUUCUUGAAGGAGCCAUUAACUUCCAGAGAGAUGCUUUCCUGAGGAUCGACAUGUACGCCAUGGGUCUGGUUCUAUGGGAGCUGGUGUCUCGCUGCACAGCUGCAGACGGUCCAGUGGAUCAGUACCUGCUGCCGUUUGAAGAAGACGUUGGUGUCCAUCCGUCCCUCGAGGACCUUCAGGACGUCGUAGUCCAUAAGAAGAUGAGGCCGCUCUUCAAAGACUUGUGGCUCAAACACAGCGGCCUGUCUCAGGUGUGUGAGACAGCAGAGGAAUGCUGGGAUCACGACGCUGAGGCUCGUCUGUCCGCCGGCUGCGUGGAGGAGAGGAUCUCCCAGAUCCGCCGCCUCACCGCCACCAUCGCCCCGCCUACCUCUGACCACCGGGCCCCGCUGGUCUCCACGGUGACACCUGUUUCCAUGGUAACCAAUGUGGACCUGCCCCCCAAAGAGUCCAGUAUAUGAAGAAGAGUUUUUCUGUUUGGAGGAGCCUUUUUAUUUUUUUAUUUUUCUAACACACGCAUCAACUUCCUCAGAAUGACAUACACACACACACACACACACACACACACACACACUCUCUCUCCUUUUCUCAGUGGAAUUUAAAGCAGCUGCUAUUUGAUCUUUGUAUUUUUUUCUCUUCAUCCUUUUGGACAAAUACCAGCACGCACACACACACAAACAUACAUGCACAUGCACAUGCACAGACACACACAGGUUCAGGUCCGACUCAGUGAAUGCUCGUCUUUCUCCUCAGCGAUGACUUUUCUUCCUUUUAAUAAUUUUUUUAUUGUUCCUCCGUCACACCUGGAUCUACCUUCCUUCCUUCCUUCCUUCCUUCCUUCCUUCCUUCUUCCCUCCUUCCUUCUUGGCAACAGCAGCGUCACCUUGCAACCACCUUUUGUUUCCCACGAUGCUGCAGGAACUCGAUGACUGUUAACGCAGAAGUUUUUUCCUCAUGCUUGACGACGCAGGAAGUGAUGUCAUAGGGAAGGCUUUGGCUGCGUUUGAAUGCUGGGAUGUGAUUGGUCAUCAGGAAGCAGGAAGUGUCUUACACACAGAGAUUUGAUUGGCUGACUCGGAAAUAAAAAAAACUUCUCAGGUUAACCAGGUCAAAGGGAAGGGGUGGGGCCAAUGCCAGGUGGGAGGUGUUUAUCUGAGGGUGCUCAAAGCCUAUUGGCUCUUAUGAAUAUGUGAAUUUACUCAGUGUACGACCUCAGGAGGUCACAGUGAGUGUGUGUGUGUGUGUGUUAUGUCAAAGUCACGUGACCUUUGACCUUCCCUCACGUCUGCCAAUCAGCUCAGAGCUAAGGAACAGGAAGUGAUGUGAGGGAAUGAGUCAGUGAGAGGUCACAGAGGUCAAAGGUCGUCAUCUUUUCUUGUUUUGUUUUUCAGGCCCGAACAAACACACACACACGUUUUUAUACUAUUAUUAUGAUGUUUUGUUAUUUCCGUGUUGCCAUAGUAACAGUGAAUGUCUACAACCAUGCUGCUGAUGAUUAAGAUGAUGAAUAUUUUUGUGUGUCUGAUUAUUUUACUUGUGUAUGUGUAUGUGUGUGUAUGUAUGUGUGUCUGUGCGUGUGUGUCUGCGCGCAUGCGUGUGAUGAACUGAGGGAACAGAUGUUCAGACAGAAGUAGUAGAACACAGAUCUCAGACCUCAGAACAGCAGAAAUACCUCAGACUUUUCUACGUGUGGUUACUUUGUUGCUAAGUUACAGACGUUUCUUUUUGUUUACUUUGUUAUUGUUGUUUAGAGACGUGAAUGUUUUUUUAUUCUGAUGAAACUCGACAGGUUUUUUUCACUCAAACCUUGACUUUAUAAAUAAAAUGUUUUGGCUUUUUUUCACUGGCUGAUCUGAACUGCCAAUCAUCGAACCACCUGGACUGAGCUCCGCCCACUUUCUCUCUUGUGUCCUUUCUGUCGUUUACUUAGUGUUUCCUUCAUUUGUCUCCUCUCUUCAGUGUUGUGCCUUUAUUUCACUCGUCUGUGCUUCAUCUCUUGCUUCCUUGCUUCCUUCUGUCCUUUCCUUCCCUGAAUGUCACACCAGUGAAUCAGAAAACUUUUAGAAACUCACAUUUUCACUCAAACAACUGUCCACACUAAUCUUGCAAUAAUUCACCUUUGAAUUAGCUGUUCUAAAUGGGUUUUUUUCUGGGCAUAUCCAGGGGUGAUGUGACAUCACAUGUGACCUCUGACCUUCUCAGAAGACGUGUGGAUGCAGACAAACUCAUGAGCGGACUCAGCUCCAGGUGUUUCAGGUGUUUUUUCAGGAACAUAUUACCUCAUUAAAGCGUUAGCAACACAGCGACGUGGUGCCGCCACACAGAGCGCUUUAGUUCAGGAGAGAGCAGAAAAACACAGGGUCACUUAUUCAUAUUCAUCGUGUUGUCACAAUGCUACAGUUAGCUUCAUUAACAAGUCACAGUGAAACCAGAUAUUUGACCUUUGACAUUCAAACGCAGGAAACAACAUUUUCACUUCCUGUCUGACUCACCCUGUCAUUACUACUGAAACUGUUAGCUGCUUUUGUUAAAUCCUACUGUUAGCUGUUAAUGUAAAUUGUUUCUGUCAGCGCUGCAUUGGCUAACAUCCGAAUAAUACUUAGUAAGUGUUUUAACGUUGAAGGUUUUUUUAUACAUGAAAUCUUUUCAAAAUAAUGUUGAGAUGGCGUCAGAUUAACAAGUUAGCGUCACUGAGCGGCUAACUAGCAACGUGGGGUUUGUGAUGCUUCCAUUGUUUCGGCCAAUCAAAGUGCCUGAGGAGAAACCAUGAAUCAGCAAUUCUCACUUUCUCCAGUCAGUGACUGUGUGUGUAAUAAUACUGACGUGUCACGUGACCCUUUGGAUCAGCUUCCUGUUGAUCCAAAGGGACCGGGGAACUGUCUGGGGUUUCCCAUGCUGUUUUCCAGGGGUCAGUGUCACAUGGAAAGAUGGCCACCUCCUCAUGUGCCUCAUGCGUUCAUAGACAAAUAAUAUAUUAUUAUUAUUAUGUUUUGUUCUCAGCAUCAAAACUACUUCCUGGUUCAUGUUUUUAUUUCACUUUAACAGUGUUUUUUUUUUUAUAUAUUUACAUUACUGUUGCUGUGUCCUCUCCUCACCCCCUUUCCUGUUACCUUAUUCUCCUGUGUCCUUUCCUCUCCUGUGUCCCCUCUUGUCCAUAAUUGUUUUUAGUUUUUUUAGUAACUUUAAAACCCAUGAAGGACAUUAAGAGGCGGCCAUCUUUAAAAGCCUCCACCAGGACAGUGAUGAUGAUGAUGAUGUAAAUCUUGUACCUCACGUUUCACUGUUGUAGCUUUUGUCCCUUUUAUCCCUUUGUAGAACAAAAGGACAAAUGUUUCAAAUAUGCUAAAAGAAGAAGAAACUAAAGUUUGAGCAUUUUUUAUUAUUAUAAAAAAACAAAAACACAUCAAACAAAAAAAAACAACGCUGGAGCGAUUAAGCUGUUUAAAAAUAAAUAUAAAUAUGUUAUGUACAUACACAACAACAUACGGCAGAGUAUUAGAGGCAGGAAAUAGAAAAAAGAGGCAGAAUAUUUGAAUGAAAUUGUAUUUUUUAAAUGUUUUCAUAUCAAUAAUUCAGUUGAUAUGAGAUUAAAGGUGAAAACGAAACUUUAUAGUACAAAUGUUUGCACAUAAACUCAGAACUUUCCCUCUUUUCUUUCUUUUUCCUGGCACUAAAAAUCCUCCGUAGUGAAAUGAAAAUCAACUGAACUCAGAUAAAUCCAUCCUGUUGUGAUGCUGUUCAAAGUAAAGUGGGUUUAUUUUAUUUUUUCACUUUUAUUUUGACAAACGAUAAUUAUUGUAACAUAGAUGUUUGAUUUACACUCUGUUUUUAAACUGUGGUGUUUGUAGAAGGCAAACAAACAAACGUGUGUGUGAGGUCUCUCUCUCUGUCCUCAGUGCCAGGAUCAUUAUCAUAAAUGAAUGUAGUUCUUGUCCUCAGCACAAUGACACCUCACACACACACACACAAAUAAGAAUCACUGUAGAAAGCAAAGGGUUAAUUCAAUUGUAUCUUUUUUGUACAUGAAAUAAACAUUAAAUAUUG